AAUAAAUGUAUAUACCUACGGAUGCACGUGUGGAUGUUUCAUAUUAGUUAUUUUAAUUAGUCGUAUUUCUGUUUGAACUUAAAAUAUCUAGAUACUAUUCAAACUGUUAACAAUAAAAAAUUGUACAAUGACAAGAUUUGCUCGGGCGAAAGGCUCCAAGUCUUCAAAUGAGAGAACUCCAGAAGAUGGCACACCAUGGGAGGUGAUGAAAGAACAGUUGUUACAAGCAAAGAAGGAAAGCGAGGAGUCAAAAAAAAGAGAAGAGGCUGAAAAACAGCGUAUAGAAAACUAUGAAAACUUUCUACAAGAACGAAAGACUCAAAAAAGACCAAUCACUUGGUGUGACUUUCCUGAGGCUGAACGUAAAGUAAAUCCUUCCAAAUCGAACGAUGAACAAUCGCCUAUAAAGAAGAAAAAAAACAAACAAAAUAGUGAAACUAUAGAGACACCUGAAAAAAAGAAAAAUAAGAAACAAAAUUUUAAAAAGUUAAUAGAAGAUCAAAAUGCAUUUAAAGAAUCUAAAACUGAAGAUAAUGAUCCAGAGACAUCAAAAUUAUCCAAGAAGAAGAAAAACAAAAAUAAACAUUUAGGGCAACAGUCAGAAAUUAAGAAUAGUGAGCAAGAUUUAUCUCAAGCGGAGAGACAGAAAAACAAACCUAGAAAAGAUACUAGUGUUGUUGACUUUGUUAUUGAAAAUGAUAAUGAAACUGGUAAAACUGAAAAACAAAGUGGGGAAACUAACAAAAAGAAACAAAAGAAAAAUAAAAAACAAUUCAAGAAGAAUGAAGAUGAAACAAAUUCUCACCCUACAGCAAAUAAUGGUUCCAAAGAUAAUAUAAAUUUAUGUGGUGAAAACCAGAACAAAACUCAAAAUAAAAAGCAGAAGAAAAAUAAACUUGUUGAUGGAAAACCAAUACGGAGGAAGGAAAUCAAUGAUCGUAGUUUUCAACUCAUUGUCAAUGGCAAAGAGAUUGAACUAGUAAGAUUUGAUGGCUUUCCAGUUAUGAAGAGAGACGCAGAGCGUCUAACAGAGUUGAAGAACAGCAUGAUAAAGAAAGGUAUACCAAAGAGUGAAGUUCAGAGGACAAUGAAACUUGAACGGAGAAGGGCUGAGAAGGCUUUGGCUAGAAUAAAGAGAGAUGUGUGUUACAACUGUAGGAAAGGUGGUCACAACCUGUCUGACUGUCCCGAAUUAAAGUCUAAAAUACCAGGAGUGGAUGCGGCUGAAGGAGUCUGCUUCAAGUGUGGUUCUACUGAGCACAGGCAGUUUGAAUGCAAAGUACAAAGGGAUAAGGAGUUUCGAUUUGCCACUUGCUUUAUUUGUAAAGAACAGGGUCACAUAGCCAGACAAUGUCCAGAUAACCCUAAAGGAUUGUAUCCCAAUGGGGGCUGCUGUAAGCUCUGUGGAGAUGUAACACAUUUGAGGAAGGAUUGCCCCACAGCAAAUACUAAAAAAGAAGAUACAUCACUGAAACUACACACACUAGAUGAAGCAGAAAAUAUUGAGGAUAUUGGGUUCAACAACAACACAACCAUGUCCGACGGAACCACCAAAAAACCUAAAAAGAUAAAGUUCUAGAAGGUAGUUUAUUGAAUGUAAAUAAAACUUAUUAAUGUUAUAAAUGAAAAUGUUUUAUCAUAAAUAAAAGUACUCGUCCCAU